AUGGGCUCCAAGUUGACCAGACAGAGAAGUCUCGAUUUCGACAGCAAAUUGUCCAAGAGGAGACGCCCGAGGAAUGACACCCCGGGAGAGGGCGAGAGAGGUGGCGGAGGCAGGGGCGGCGGGGACUUCUUGUUUACGUCCUUGAUGCUCAAGUCCGACAAGCUGCCGGGGAUGCUGCGGAGAGCCAACCACAGCCCGUACGUCCGGCGGGUGGCGUGGAUCCGGGACAUCCAGAGGCUCCUCCGGGAGCAGAAGAUGGAGCAAGCAGCCGAAGUGCUCAAACUGCUGAGGAAGGAUCUGGGACUCCAGGGAACGUCGCUCAAUGACAUUUUGUACAAGAACGCGGCCUUUCUCAACCUGGUGGACCCCAUCUCUCAUGAGCUGCUGCUCAGCCUCGCCCGGGACCUGCAGUGUCCAAAAAGGGAGACCGACUCCUUCAAGUCCACGAACAAGAUCUGCCGCCAGCUGAUUUACCACCUGACCCCUCACUCCAAGUGGACGCGACAGAGCGUGCCCAGGAGGAAGUCUCAGGCCUGCCUGAAGACCACCCUGAAGAAGAAACUGUCCGGUGAUGUGGUCAACCUGUCAGGCAUCCCGCUGUCUGGCCGAGACGUCCACCGCGUGGCCUUCUACCUCCAGAGCGGAAGUGACGCGGUGUCGGCCGUGGACCUGAGCUUCACCGAGCUGCAGGACGACAGCUUGCGGGUGCUGCUGCCCUACCUCGGCUGCCUGCCCAAACUGUCCAUACUCGCCGUCAACGGCAACCGCCUGACGGUGGCGAUCCUGAAAGACCUGACGGACGCAGUGAAGGAUCCUAAGAAGUUCCCCAGCCUGGCCUGGGUCGACCUGGGCAACAAUGUGGAUAUCUUCACCGUGCCGCAGCCGCUGCUUGUGGCCCUGCGGCGCCGCUUUGGCUUGCGCAGCAGCCUCCCCACCAUCUAUGAGUACAGAGAGGCGCAGGCAUUCGGUGGCUACAACCCAAACAUGGAGACCUCUGUGGAGGAGCCCAGUCUGUACGAGGAGGGAGAUGGAGAGGAAGAUGAUAGAGAGGAGGAGGAGGACAGGCUGGAGCUUCGAGCCUGGGGCUUUGGAGAAGAAAACAUGUCAAAAAAUGUGCCAGUGCACUUCUGUGGGAGGUGAUCGCCCAGAGCUACUUUGUGCUAGACUGGCCGCCCCUUAUAUCCAUCAGUAUCGUCUGCCCAAAGUUUAGCCUCCUGUGUUAUCAGGUGUCAUUGUGGCAGAUGCUUGCAGUGACCCACAUGUUUCUGAAAAUAACUCUGAAAUAAGUAACUGUGUUGUGUGUCCCUCUGGAUUCUCUGACUACUGAAACUCAGCAUUGCGAUGCAGGCAGCUCUGCGGUGGUGCCGACGGGAAGAAUUUAUUUAUGGAUUGAUUCAACCUUCGUUUAUUCAGGAGAAGGUGAACUGAACAUAUUUGCUGUUUUCCUGUGCUUUGUGUUCCUGAAGUUUUAUGCUCUCCCACCUUCACACUUCCCAUCAUUUGUCAUCCUGUCAACUGGAGCAGCUGAGGGUUAAGUGCCUUGCACAAGGGCACCUCAGUAGAAGUGGCCAAGGAACGGGGGGGACCAUUACUAAUUCAGCUGGUUUGGCCUUGCUGACAACUUGCCCCAUUUCUGUGAAAAGUCAGAAGCAGUCAAAGUAACUAAAUAUCCUACUUAGAAACUAGAUCAGUUUAAUUUCAGCUGACAUUUCUGCUACUAAUGUAUCUAUCUUUA